AUGCUGAAGCAGGAGCCACUGGUGGCCAUGUUCGUUUUCCGUCUGCCUUCUCAGGCCCGAGGGUCGAAGCUUGAGCUGGAAGUCCGGAAAAGGCAGCGUGGGACGCUGGGAACAUUUGAGCUGUGGGAUCAGCUUUCUCUUCAACGUUGGGAUCCGGGAUCACCAUUGGGAUUCAUCUUUCUUUACAGAUCUUUGAUCUUCAGUGACGGGGUCACGAGCUACCAGGGAUCUACUGGGUUCCAGCUACCAUGGGCGGCAAUUCCAAAGUUCAUUCCUGGAACGACAGAUGUGACGGAGUACAGCAGGAAGCGAGAAUUCCUGGCGGCCAUGUGGCCGAAGGAACAUUUGAGUCUGCUCGCACCUCGAGCAGCUCUUCAAGUGGAGGGCACGGCCUUCAAGAAGAUCGCCAGUUUGCCACCUGACAAGCUGAAGAGCAACGACGAAUCAGGCAUUAAACUGCUGGUAUCGACGCUGGGUGGAUCAUGGGGCAAAACAGACCUUGAAGCAAAGUAUGACGUGUUUGAAAAGGCCUUGUAUGGAACCGUACAGAAGCAGGACGAGACCAACGACAGCUACUUGGCCCGGCACGAUGUACACUUUGAGGAGCUGUUAGCCCAGAGCGUGACGUUUGAGCAGGUGCGUGCCUACAUUCUGUUGCGCCAAUCUCAGCUUACAGCAGAGGAUCGCAAGAAAAUCAUCUUGGAGCUGGGUGGCAGCCUGGAUUACAAGAGGGUUUGUUCGUCGAUCAGGCUUCUGGGAUCUCGGUUCUUUGCCGACCUGCAGGGACAGCGCGUGCUAAAGUCCAGAACCUAUGAUGCCAAUGUGGCUGAGGAGCCUCCGCCCGAGGAAGGGGACCGGACCCUUCCCACGAUGAUGGCAAGCGCUGCUAUCGAGGAGGCCGAAGUGGAGUUGGACGAUGGCUUCAUUGAAGCCAUGGUAGCCACCGAAGACCAGGAUGCCUUGCAGGUUCAGGCGUUUGAGGAGGAGCUUGAAAACUUCUUCCAGGAUACACCGGAGUUGCAGGAGGCAUUGGUGAGCUACAUGGAGGCACGCGGCAGACUGCUGGCUAAAAAGAAGUCUCGCGGCUUCUGGCCGAUCGGUGGAAGCAAAGGAGCCUCCAAGGGAGGCCGCGGAUUCAAGGGUGGCGGCAAGGGAAAGGGCAAGCACCGUGAGCAGCUCCUGGCCCGAAUUGCCCGAUCCAACUGUCGAAUCUGCGGGGAACGAGGACAUUGGAAAGCAGAAUGUCCCCGUCGGAAAUCGAAUCCGACCGGCGAGGCAACCACGACCGUGGCCGAAGCCUUUGUGGAUGUCUCCAACCUUGCUUCCUCAUCCGAUCCCGCCGCCUCUCAGGAGAUUUUGACCAGCCUGCCAGCAGAUGCUUUGACCUUGGAGGAGGCCUUGUGUGUCAAUCCCGACCUACCUUCUAAGACCGUUGCCAGCUUGGGAGCUCGCCUUCUCAGGCUGCGCGACCCGGCUUCGAAUCUCAGUAUGGCCGAAGUCGAGGAACUCAGCCUCGAGAAACACGGGGCCUUUCUCAUCGACUUCGGGACGAAGAUGAAGGGACGCAGCUAUCUGGAAUGUGUGGAAGAAGCUGCGGAUUGGACCAAAUGGUUCGUGGAGCAUUACCACGAUUCAUCGAAAAGAAAUCAUCGGAUCUUCCUGAGCUUUGUGGAAAAUUAUGUGAGCCAGGCCGAGCAAAUCGAGGUCGCCCUCUCUGGCGAGCCAACGGUUGUGAUGACCGGCGCGUCUUCCAAGGCUCCAAUCGCAAGCAAAGCCGCUCCAAAGGCUCUCCCCAAGGCCGGAAAUCCGGAGGUGCCGUGGGAGCUUCUGGAAGAUCCCCCGAUCCACGAUCAAGUGGCGUCCCUGAGCAAUCGGAUGGUUCAGAUGGAGCAGGAGUCUGAAAAUAGUGCUAAGCAGCUGAUGCAAAGCCAGCCCACGUUGCCUAAGCUUCGGGCUUUUCUGAAGACGGUGCCGUGGCACCUGUUUGCCAAUCCGAAUGCCCGCGCCUCUGUGGUCAAUGGCAACUCUGAGGAUGGCGCCAUGAGCCCCAACCUUGAGGGCUGGGCUCCACCUCCCGUACCCAUUCACGGUCGAAUUGAGAGACACGGGGACAUAGUCAAAAGCAUGCUAAGUCGUUUGGAUAAGGAAACCCCAAUCACUAGUGAUAGCUCCCUGGACCAGGCCCUGCAGCAGGUUUUCAAUGCAAAGAAUGCCUUGGUUCGUCACAAAGGCUAUGCUCCAGAGCAGAUCGUGCUUGGAAAGUCGGUCCGUGUUCCCGGAAGCGUUUCUUCCGACGAAGAGCUGAGUUCACAUUCGCUGACCGAAGGUGCUGAUCUUGAAGCCGAGGUCAUCUGCCAAGAAGGACAGUCUGUCGUUUGGGUCGCACAUGGAUCUACGAUCUUGCGCUGUGCACCCGAAAACCUGCGUCCCGCUUCGUUGCGGGAGUGGCAAAGCUUAUCCUCGAACCAAUCUGAUGAGCUUUCCACGCGGACUGGUGGAGCCAGCACUUUUGUAGACCUGACCGCACCCAAUCCCGAGAUCACCGUUGGUGUCCCAACUCAGCCGGCACCAAGUUCCUCUGUCAGUCCGAUUGAAGUAGCUGUUCCAGCACCCGUUCCUCAGUCUGGCUCCUCUGCAGCUCAGGGAAGCGGAGAAUCCGAGGCAGACCUUGGUCAGCCUGAACAAGAACUGACGCCUCAGGUCAGCAUUCAAACGGAACUUCCUGCUUCCCUUGAUGCGCCCGAAGUUGAGCGCGAUACCGCAGCUCCUUCGGCUCCGAUGCAGCCGACUCCGGAAUCUAAUCCUUCAGCCCUUUUGGAUGCGACAGCCAUCCCUGUGCCCGGCACUGAUGAAGGUCUGUUUUCAGAAACUGUGUUGUUGGCCACUAAUCCCCUUGACACCCUAGAUCCUGUGUGCGAUGAUCUGAUGGAGUUCACUACCCUCCAUACCAGCGCCGAGUUUGAGGGCCCUCCUCUAGCUGAAGAUAAUCUCCCCUUCGUUGAGAAGCCCUUGGAAUGCUCUGAGCACCAGGCUUUCUGUCUUGAUGUUCCGAUCAAACCGAAAGAUCUCAAACGCUGGGCACAGGAAGCUGCCCCAGAGCAACUGGCCACUUUGGCUGCGGUAAGUAAGCGUGCUAGGGCCGAGGUUAGCGUUAAGGAUUUGUCUCCUCAAGAAAUGAAACUCUUCGAACAGGCCAAGGCCAAGGAGUUGCAAUGCUGGGUGCAGACCUCUGCGAUUCGGUCUGUGCUCCGUCGUCGUUUGAACCCUGAACAAAUCUUGAGAAGUCGAUGGAUCUUGACCUGGAAAACGCCUGAACCCGGUAAUGAGGGAUGCCCCGACUUUGUCUAA